AGAGAGGUAGAGAGAGAGAGAGAGAGGCUGGAGGGGCUGCUGGGGCACACUGUGUACACCAUGAUAGGCGGUGACACGCCUCGACCACCUUACUUACCUGUUAGUUAUUCUUGCUCCGUCCCUUCAGCAGUAGUGACCAUCAUUUUAAUGUGACUGUUGAGAGACGUGUGUCGACAUGCCUGUGGUACUGGACAGACUACCGCUGCCUAACCUGACCUGGUACACAGGGCUCAGUGUGGUGUUAUUGUCGUGUUCUGUGUAUUAUGCUGGCGUCCAGGUAGCCCUCAACCCCAACUGGAAGGAAAAACUCUUAGAGAAGAGCAAUGCUUCACACUUGGAUGAUGAGGGUGAAGUGUCCCUGUAUCACGUCAGUGAUCAUGAUGGACUGUCACAAGAACGACAGAUGACUCCUUACCUUAUUCCUGAAGUGAUCAGCUUUAUGUUUCACGAGCCACUAUGUAUAUGGACUCUGAUCAACAUGGCAUAUUGCGUUCUCAUCCUGCUGGGUACUUUAAUUCAGCGCCUAGUCUUUGGAGAGUUACGUGUGUCUGAACAGCAGCACAUAAAAGACAAAUUUUGGAAUUUUGUGUUUUACAAAUUCAUCUUUGUUUUUGGUGUGAUGAAUGUACAAGCAAUGGAUGAAGUUGUGCUCUGGUGUUCCUGGUUCAGCGUCUUGGGUUUUCUUCAUCUCCUGGCCCAGCUUUGUAAAGAUCGCUUUGAAUAUUUGUCAUUUUCUGCAACAACACCUCGCAGAACACAUGUGAGGCUCCUAGGGCUGCUGGGUAUUAUCCUGACCAUAGCCACCUUUUGUCUUCUCAUAUGUGUUGUGGUUGGCUGUCAUUCAGGCAUUAAUACCUUUGCAUUUAUGGUUGCUGAGUGCAUUCUGUUGAUAGUACGAACCUUGUAUGUGAUUACCCGCUACAGUAUCUACCUCUGGGAUAUCACACACGAAGGACUUUGGGAAAAACGAGGGCGUUGUGUGUAUAUGACAGAGCUGAUUUUUGAGCUGAGUGAACUGGUAAUCGACAUGGUUCAUCAUAUCCACAUGCUGGUGUGGGGCAAUAUGUUACUGACUAUGGCAUCACUUGUCAUAUGUAUGCAGUUGAGACUUCUUUUUUACCAGCUUCAGCACAAAGUCAAGUCUCACCGCAACUACCUUAGGGUGCUUCAGCUUAUGAAUAUGUACCCAGAGAUUAGUGGUGAUGACAUCCUAGCAGAGGAGAGUACGUGUGCUAUUUGCUGGGAGCACUUGGAGACUGGCCGCUGCCUCCCGUGUUCACAUGUCUUUCAUGCUUCGUGUCUGUUGGCCUGGCUACACCAAGACUUGUCUUGCCCAACAUGUAGACAUAAGUUAUAUAAACCAGAACAGAAUGAUGCAGGGUCACUGUCUGGUUCCCUGCUAGAUGGUUUUCUUCCUACCAGUGAAGAAAAUGGUAUGGGACAGGAAAAUAGUGUUAGAAAUGUUGGUCAUGGAGGUGCAGGAACUUUUCCAUCCCCUGCUGCUCCUGAAGGUUCUCCUGGCACGGCAGGAUGGCGGUAUGUGUCGUGGCUUCCCAGUUUCAGUGUAGAACAGAGUCACACGCAACUACCUCGUCAUCACCAAGCUAAUUCACAACCAGCAUCAACCUCUCAGUUGGAUAGCCUUGCCAGACAGGUACAGCAAAUGUUUCCUGAUGUCUCAUAUUCACACAUAUUGGAGGAUUUACGCCACACUCAUUCCUUAGAAAUAACAAUUGAUAAUAUCCUUGAGCAACGCUUGGUUAAUCCACCACCCAUGUUUACUUCUGACGAAAGCUCAAGCCUUUUAUUUGAUGUUAAGCAAGAUAAAGAAGACAACCAACAAAUAAUGAAGCACGAUGAAGAUAUAGAGGAAGAAGAAGAAUAUUUUCAAGAUGCUGAAUCACUGCCACUCUCAAGGCUGUGUAUGGAAGCUCUGGCUCUCACACAUUCUUCCACAUCAGAUGACUCCAGUGACACAGAAUCAGAAGGGAGUGGUUAUGGGAUCGGAUCAUGUGGUGCUGGGAGUCGUUUUAGUAAAUCUCCACAAGAGAGAGAACAGAUGUUGGCUCAGCGAAAGACUGCUCUGCUCAACCAGGCCCGCCGUCGCUUUGUCACAAAGCCAAGAGGUAGCAAUAGUGUAGAUGAAAUAGAGUUGCUUGAGGAUGGAGAAUGUGUAGAAAACUCCUGAAGUAAGAUUCUGCUGCAGUAGUGGCCAUAAACUUUUAUGAACUAAAUGUGUAUGGCAGUUGACACAUUACGCAUGUUCUUUGAUACUAAAGACUUUUCUGUAUUCCACAGUACAGUUUCUUAGUGAACAAUUUUCAAAAAAGCUAAAUUUAUUUUGUUAUUUGUUUUAUCAUUAUCAUGUUAUAUUUUAAUCAUGUGAAAGUUUACCAGAAGUAGAGAAAACUACAAUAAAGAAAAUAAUUUGAAAGUUUAUGACUCGUGAUGAUUGAUACUUAUAGCGUAUGUAGAGCAGAUCAAUCCAUCCUGUAUAAUGAUGCAGUAGUAUGUUGCUCUACUGGACUGAUUGUUGCUGGGUUAUUCUAGCAUAACAGAGUCUUUACCACUUCCCUCUCCUCCCAGCACUGUGCAGUAUAACUUGUGUACUUGACCUGUUUGGGGGUUGACACUUGUUUCAGAAAGUUUGCUUUACACAACAUUAAUAUUUGCUUAAUUAAAUAACUCACAAAGAUUAUAUUAAAAUGGUAUUAAGAUAUUUAUAAAUAUUCAGAGGUGGCUAGUAAUGAAGUAGGUAAAGUUAUUUUGUUAUCGUCCCCCUCUAAAUAUUUCAUAUCAGUACGUAUAUGCACUAUACACUAAUAACUGUUAAAGUGACUGUGCUACUGUAUUAUAUUACAAGGUAAAUUAAUUAAUAAACACAUGCAAUGUGUUGGACCAAAUUAGCAGCUGUAUCUGCUGGGCUGCCCAACUUAGCCAUCUUUGACUUUAUUACUCAAUAAUGAGAAACAUCACUUGCUACUAUUAUAAGGCAUGAUCUAACUUGCCACCUUGCCAUACACUAUGGUUUAUACUUAUUAAGGAAACCCACCUUCAUUUUUUGUUCUUCACUUGUACUGUAUUUUUCAUUAACAUCAAUAUGAACACUAAUUCUUCUGUUAGGUAGCAUAGUAUAGAUGACUUGUGUACAUAAGUUAGUGUUAGGUUAGCUCAGCUGUGAUUUUCAUGUUCUUUACUAUGCCAUGUCAUGGAUUGACCUCACUCUCACAAUGUAAUAAAAUACAAACUACUGUUAAGCUGUCUCAUAACUUUGUUAAUCAUUAUUUGAGUAAGUCACAACAAUUUGCUCUACAGAUAAUAAAGAAAAAUAUGAAAAUAGUGGAAAUGAAUCUAAGUCACAAACAAUUGCAGUCAUCCAUACAUUGUUUGAACUCUGGUAUAUUCCAUGGUCUUCAAAUAUGUAUUUUCCCCUUAGAAUUUCAGUAUAAAAGCUUUUAUUGUUAAUGAAUGUGCAGUAUACAUGUAUUACUGUAUUAUAUUAUUAUCAUGUAAUUACACUUACUGUACCUGUACAGUACAGUACAUAACUAUAUAAUUAUACUGUAUAGCCUCUAGUUUUUACAGAAUGGUCGACCAAGAACUUCACCCUCAUAAGUUUGGUGUAAUAUUUGAUCUGAUUGCUCCUGCAAGGUAUAUUAAUCAGGCACAUAGCCAAGUGCUUCAGUCUUAACAUAGUACAGUAGUAAUCAUAGAGUAUAAAGUUGUUCUUAUGCAGUUUAUUCUGCAUUUUUCAUACCAUAAUUUCAGUUGCUAACCGGGAGUAAGGUGAGAGUAUAUUACCCUGUAUGUACAUUAUUUUUAUAUUUGUAACUAUUAAUAUAUAAUACAGUAAAUACUUUGAUGUGCAGAUUACUAUACUGUACUUUAUCUGCUUUCCUCAGAGAAAAUAGCAAAUUACUAUUUUUUUUUUUUGCCAGAUUUUAUUAAAUGCCUUGAGCAGUGACUGAGAAAGGUAUGAGGUGACCUGAAUGGUAAAAAGAUAACUACACUUAUGCUGCUCAUGAAAGUUGUACUUUAUGAAGGUAAAUUUGAAACUCACUGGUCAAAUGAAUAAAGAACCUUUCAGGUUUAGAUGGCUGAGUGGUUUAAGGCACCAGACUCAAGGUAACUUCCUUUCACUUCUUUGUUAGUUAUGGAGACAACAGUAACGGCAGUGCAAUAGUUGGAUUGGUACUUAUAAACUCGUAAUAAUUAAAAAAAAAAUCUCUAUCAGCAAUCUGAAAUUGUUUUAUGUAAUUUCAUGUAAAUUUCAUAGUAAACCCUUGAUAACUUGUAAUGAUAGUAAAAUAUUUAGCUGUAAGUUAUUUUUUUAAUUUUUUUUUUUUUACAAAAAAAAAAUAAGCUUCGCAUAACUCACAAUAUUCCGAGAUAUGAUGGCGCAAUCUUGGAAUGACGUAACACGUGCGACCUUACACUUGUGUGAGCUAACCCACCCGGCAUCUCUUGCUAGCUCAGCAUGUUUAUCACUUCUCGGUGCUCGUUUGAGAAAAAAUAAAUAAAUAAAAUAAUUUCAAUACUGUACUCUAAUGGGGCUUAGAAAUAAAGAAAAUAUAACAUAAAACUAAAAUACAAAAAAUGAAGAGCAUGGGUGUGUAUGUGUGGGGGGAGACCGCGAGCUGUAAGUGUAACUGCGUCAACCCCUCCCCCCCCUUCCCCAGUGUGAGUCAGCUGGGUGGCUGAGCGGCUGAACUGUAUCACAUCACCCAGAGGAGCUAUUCUUUUGUACAUAAAAUAAUAAAUAUUGUACCAGUAAAUGUGGGGCAUAAAUACAGUAAAAAUAAUACUAAUAAAUAAAAGAAAAGAAAAAAUAUUGUAUUGCCAUUUGGCAAUCUUUCACUGCACACAGGACACGAGACAGCGAAUAGCCAAGAGAUCCCUCAUGCCACGCCCCGUUCCCCUGCUGUGUGUGAUAACUCCCACGCACAUAAGAAAUGUUUAUUCCCUUUAUGAUAAUUUUUUUUGCACAUUCUGCAUGAAAAUUUUUGUGUGCAUGUAACAGUAAAAAAAGAAGAAUAAAAUUAUGUACUGUAUAUGUACCCAAAAUUAUGAGUUGAAUAAUAGCCAAACAAAAGCCGCUCUGAGUGCUAUCUCCGGCAUUUUUCUCUCUCACUGGUUCAGUGAGCACCUCCCAGGCAUUCCCUGGUAAAGUUGGUGCUAUAAGUGCUUACUGUAUAUACUAUCCUGUAGUGCAGUGAGCCCUCCCAUCACCUAACAUAUGGCACCACAAACUUGAAUUAUCCUCAUCCUUCACCAGCAGUGCUCGUAAGCAUUAAUUUUUGUGCAAGUUUUCUAAUUAUGGUAGGUUAUUUUGGCCAAAAUCUUGGGUACAGUAUUGGGGUGGGAUGAAAGACCUGGAGAAUAGUGCCUUCAUAACUCAAAAUGGUUAGAGCCCUAUAUAUUGUAAGUUAUCAAGGGUUUACUGGACAACUUAACUUUGAACUACUGAGUUGAACAAGUGAAUCAGUAUUACUAUACUGUAUAUUACUUUUGGCAACAAAUCUUAUAAGUAUGUUUUCUUACAGUCAGCUCCCUUCACUAAGGAACAUUAGUAUAAUACACACACUAAGCCAUUAGAGACCAAAAAGACCUGACAUUAAUUUUUGGGACUAUGUAAUUGAUAUUGUUGAAACUGUUGUCUGUGGAAAAGGAAAUGUGGAAGUAAAUUUUCACUAUUUUCAUUGGUGGCUCAACGAGUGUGUGAUAACACACUGGCUAUUUCACACCUCACCCCCCUGUUUGGGUUUGCCAUCUUGGUUUUCCUGGCAGCAUUCUCCUUUCAGUCCCAGUGACACCUUCGCACAAUAGUUUUUCUCUCUUCACUCCACUUCCUGGCAACAGAGAUGUGAUAUGCCUCUUAUAUUUAGCACAGAUUUUAUGUAGUUUAUUCCAUUAUUUAUUUUGCACAAUGUGGGUUUGUUUACUGUUUGCAACUGAUGAAGUUUUAAUUCAGUUUGCUUGGUGGUUGAGGUCCAGCACUGCUCACUGUGUUUAGGUAUAAUCCAAGUUCAUGAUGAGUAAUCCAGUCCAUUUCUUGUAGUUUGUUAUUCCAGCCCCCCAAUGUUAGGAAGAAGUUUUCUAAUAUUCUCUGAAACAGAAUUCCAAAACUUUGUAUUUUAGAAGUGGUUUGGGGAACUCCCUGAACUUCUGCCCUAGGAUUGUGUGCAGCUUUGCAUAAUACUUCCUGUUAAGGGGGUGUUAUGUGCUCUUCUUUAUUUUCUAAUUGAAUAUAAAGAAACCCAUUGGGAAUCUAACAGCUGAUUUGUGUGAAAUGGGAUUAUUUAGCAAAAGCAAUUAAGUCAUUUAGGAUUCUCCCAAAACUGGGUUACAUCUCCCCAUAAUGGCUCUACCACACAAAAGGUGUUUCCAGUGCUUUUAUCCCAGUUCUUGCACCCUAGGAAAGUUUAAUUAUGGAUGAAGUACUGUAAUUCUGUUCUCUUUGUUGUUAUUAUUAGCCAUGUAAUGAGUGGUUUGCUAAUCACCUUUGUUUUGUUAUUUUUCAUUAAAUUUUGUUGUAAAAUUCAUUGUAUCAGUAUUUGUUUUGUGCACAUUGAAAUGACAUAGUGGUUAAUAUUGUAUUUGUCAUUCACUGUAUUAUUAAUCAGAUGAAUGUUGAUGACAAGACCUGUGCAGUUUUGGUGUGUUGAAAGUUGCACCAUGAUAGGACAAGUACGUAUUAAUUUAUACUGUGAUGUAGUCUGCUUUGAUCCUGAGGAAUAUUGGGCUUGAAGUAUAAUUUUCUGUUUCUUAUGAAUUAUUUUGAAUUGGGAGGUGCACAUUCUAUUAUGACUUUACCAUAGGUUCUCAGUAGUAGUAAUUCUUUAGAUUAAGGAGAGCCAAAUGAAGCUGGUCCUGACCCAGACAAAAAUUGCUUCUCUAGGUUUCCAGUAGUCUUUUCCUAAAUAAUUUUUAGGUUUUGAUUCAGGAUGGGAGUAUAAGGUUAGUUUGAUUCCUGUUCCCUGAGUCUGAAGAAUUCAAGUUUGAGCUUUUCUUAAGAGGUAAUUAUCUACUAGGUAUGAUAGUUUGGUAGCUAGUUUCUUGUUAGGGUCUCUCAAGGAUUCUAUUGAUAAGCAAUUAAAACUUCAUUGUCACUUUCAUAUACAGUACAGGUAUAUGUUUGGUUGGUGAAUUUGGAAACUAUGUUGAUUUCAUUGGUGUUAGAUUUUAUUCAUUUGGGAUUUUAAAAAAUGUUUUAUAUGUAAACAAGUUAGUAGUCAACAAGAAAUUGUGACUAGGCCAAUGAGAGAAGCUUUUGCUCUUGAUCUCUCUUUUAGUCUUUAAGGAUAUUUUCCAGAUCCCCCUUUUUGAGGAGACUUUUACAGCCCUGAGGAGGAGGGUUUCACAUAUUAUGCUUUGAGUUGGGGCUCUACUUUUGUCCUUUUAGUCCUUCUCUAGCGCAAGUGAAUUUCAGGCUGAGUCCCCCCCCCAAAAAAAUUAUACUGUACACUAAUGAUUCUUCAUUAAUUUUGCCCUGUGAAAAGUAUAUACCUAUAUAUUUUUUUUACCUUACCUUAAGUUAUGGAUAAUGAAGCUGGCUCCCAUUUGCAUUCCUAAUUGCAAGAACGCCUGUGUUUUGGGGGAGGUUAUAAAGUGAAUUUAAAAAAGACUUUUCCCGGUCUUGUUAAGAUAUUGUAAAGGUGUGGUGUCGUGAUGAAGGAUGCUUAUGUUUUUGUACUAGGCUGUUUUCCCCUGUGAUAUUUAUAAUUGCUACACUUUUUCCUCUUUCCUUACCUAAGUGAGUUAAGCUUCAGAACAGGUUACAGUCUAUGGCUAUUGUGGCUUUAUGGAAAAAUAGUUAUGAAAUCAGAGGUAAUUUUCUUUUUAUAACAAUGUUGCCGUGCUGCUCAAACUCAGGAAAUUUCUUCCAUUCAUCUUUAACAAUUUUCAACUCGUCCUAUUGCGAAGUGAUAGGUAUGAAAUAAUUGUUCCUACCAGUCAAGUGGCAUGAGUGCACAAGAACACCUGUCUCUUAAGUUGUCAAAAUUGAUUAUGAGAAUAUAUAAUUACUUGUUUACCACAGGCAGUGAUCAUACGGAUUCACUGCUUAGAAAAUCUGAUUACACUAUGACAAAGAUAGUGUAGUACCUGUACAGUAUUAUUGUGGAGGUGAAAAGUCUCUUUAAGCUUCAGAAUUAUUAUAUAAGUAAGUUGUUGAUGUCUUUUCCAGUAUAUUUACCCUGGCCUUAGGAUUUUUAUGAAUGAAGCAAGAUACACUAUAUUAUAAAUAUCUGCUGAUGUUUUUAUGGCAUGUAAGUCCUCAAAAGUGACCUAUGAGAUACAACUACAGUACUAUCACAUUUAUUUCAUUCUUUCAACCAUAAAAUGGGAUUUCAAUCUUCAGUUUUGACAAUAUGCCAACAGCUGUAUUUAUGUUGAAAUUUCUCACAUUUAGUAAAUAUACACUUUAUUCAAACUAUAUGGAGGUAAGAAUGGGUCAAACUAGCUAAUAAUUCAGAUGAAAGGAGUAAAUCUUUCUCUUGCCUUACAGCAUAACCAAACUGCACUGAUUAUUUUGGAAAUUCUGUGAGUUAGCAUAAUACUGUACAUACCUUUGUAACCAGUACAAGAACAUGUAUAAAUACAUACUGUACUGUACUUUUGAAUUUUAGAAAUUUGAAGUUUAGAAGAAUAAAAAAUGACCUCUUGGAGAUAAUGAUGGUGUUGGCCACAAGUGGUGAGUGGGGGUGGUGGUAGUAAAGAGAGCAUUAUCAUUUUACUCUUCUUGUGUAUCAUGAAACGAAUCGCAUCAAAUCAAUGGAAGCACUGUUUGCGUUGGUGAUAUGAAUCGCUUCAUUAAAAUGUAAAAAAUCUCUAUUUCCCCCCCAAGGAUAAUUGUGUCAAAUUUUCACUUCAUAGAUGAAUGCAUGAUCUUGCAAGUGAAACAUCCAGAAAGUAGCAAAGCGCUGGUGGAGUUCAGCUGACCAUUAGUUUCCUCCUGUCAGCUGUGCUGGUAGGCCGCAUUUGACCUUUAUUUCCUCUCCCGCCCUCCCCAAAAUUUGUCGUUUGUGAGAAAAUACCGAGAUAUGAUGCUGGGAACACCCCCCUUCCCCAUUUUUUCGGAGUAAAAAAAUUGUCUUCUUGUCCUAUUUAUUUAUUAUUAUUUUUUGCUUAUGUUAAAGCCAAAACAUGAGUGGUCCCAUAUGACUUAUGUUGUGGUCAUGGAAACUUUAAGCCGUUUUGCUAGAGGGUUAACCCCCUCGAGUUAGGUUCUUGAUAUAUUUAGCCUGGUGCAGUACUGUACUGUUAAAGAGGACAAAGUACAGUACAGUAUAUACUGUAUUGUAAAACAUAAAUUUUGCUUCAGUUGUCUUGAUUAUGUGUAUGAUCACCUUAUUCAUUCCUUUGGAAACUUGCUCUAAUGACACCACUAACAACAGAAUGCACAAACACAACCAAAAAAUUGUACAGUAUAUUACAUGAUGCACAUAUUAUGGCAACACUGUCCAUGUGUAGGCAGAGAUGAGGGGCAACUGCCUCCCUUGCACAUCUAUCAUAACAUAAAGCUGCCACCAUGUGGCAAAUGUGAAGAAUGAAGUAAGAGCUGAACUUGUGAGUAGUGAGUUGAAAUAAAGCAACUACUGUAUAUAUAUAUAUAAUUACUGUACAGGUAAUUUGAAGAAUGCAGUAUUUCUUCUAUUGUCACCAUGCACCACUAAUUCCAAGUUAUUCUCAAAUUGGUGUGAGAAAUGUCAUCAAGGCUUUAACUAUAUACAAACCAUGGUUAUUCCUCUUUAAAUGUAAACUUUAUAUAUUUACUAAUAUAUGUGGAGAAGUGUUUUUAACUUCACCACAUUAGUUAUCAUGAUUUUUGUUUUAUUCAUAUUACAGUGUGUGGGGAGGAAGGCAGUACAUGUAGCUCAAACUCUACUGCUGGUUGGUUAGUAACUAGAAUGUGCUGGGUUGUGAAUUAUUAUAUAUAUAUAUAUAUAUAUAUAUAUAUAUAUAUAUAUAUAUAUAUAUAUAUAUAUAUAUAUAUAUAUAUAUAUAUAUAUAUAUAUAUAUAUAUAUAUAUAUAUAUAUAUAUAUAAAUAAUAUUUGUUCCUUUACCAUACCGUAUUUUAUACUGUAGUAUCAUGAAUUAUCGUUUAGCUGUAUGUGUUAUCAAUAUAAAUUUGCACAAGAUUUAAUUCCCGAUAUAAGUUUGGAGGGACUCUUUCUAGAAUAUUUAUUUAAAAAUUACAAUGGGAGUGAAGCCUCUGAUCAGCUCAAGACAUGAUUUGUCAUGUUGGGUUAAGUUAAAGGUAAACUUUGCUUAACAAUGUUGUGAUGUAGUGGAAUACUUUAGUUAAAAUAUAUAUUAUUUUUAAUAUUAUUAUGAUUAUCCAGGUGGCUAUUCCACACACCAUUGUUUCCAAGUUAUAUGCAUGGUGAAUAUAUUUUUUUAUUUGAUUUUAGAUGAACUUUAAGUGCAUUUCUGCAUGUAUUUCUACAUAUACAAGUGAAGACAUGAUAUUCGGCAACAAGGGGAAUAUGUGUUUUUAUGCUCUGUCAGAGUGACUGAAUAUUCUACAUACCUGCACAACCUACAGUAAUAGUUUAUCUUACCAGCAGCAGCUUCCCACACUCACUUGUCAUUGCAUUCUACUAGAAAUAACCUUUCCAUAGAUACCAAAUUUAGCUUUCUAAAUAGAGGAAAAACAUUAAUUGUUUAACAUAGCGUGCAUGGACUGCUAACUGUUAAUACUUAACGUUACCUUGUGAGAAAAUUAGGAAAAAUAUUGCACCUUUUGCCUUUUUAAGUUUUAAAUUUUUGACAAAAUAACUAGAUAUUAAUGACGCCAUCAGUUGAUCAUGAUCUCAUCAGCCUUUUCUGUUCCUUUUUACAUGGCUUAUCCUUUUUGCUAUUUUCAUUCUUUUUCCUCUUUGAAAUCAUGUUGCACAUGUUUAGGACAAUAAUAAAAGGGUAAAGUCAAGUGGGGCAUGUGAUGUUUAUAGGUUAAUAGCUUAUUGGGAACUGAAGUGGGGGUUGUGGAGUGAUGGGUGUGAAAUUAACAGUUUUUGGUACCAGGGUGGGACAUUAUGUGGAAAAUAGGCAUUCUAUGCCCAUUUGGCUAUCACAGCAAACUAUAAAGUUUAUACUGUGUACAAAAAUAAAUAGUCACAAUUAUCUGACCAUGUAUAAGUUAAGCCAUGCAAAAAAAAAGAAAAAAAGAUACAAUUGAGGUUAUAUUGUACAGUCCCCUGAAAAGUAUUGUUACCUUUUCUGACAUUACAAUUUGAAAUACAGGGGGCCCCCCCAAAUUUGUGGGGGUUAGGUGUGUGUAGACACACACACAUACAGUAUAUACAAUACAGAUAGAGGAAAUUACUGUUUCUAGAACGAAUGGCUCCCUGUCCCAGCCGCAAAAAUACCGGCAACUUUAAAACUACCCACAGACAUUCUUGGGUACAUCCAGAGUUUCAUCCGCGAAUAAUAGAGGACCGCUAAAUAAAAAUCCGUGAAUUUCGGGAGGGGGGGGGGGGCUGUACUGUACAGUACUCUAUUGGUCAAAUGCAUUGAUAAACAGUAUUCUUCAGUGCAUCAUCAUAUGUUGGUAUGCCUGCUGCCCAUAUUGGUAACAACUGGAGAAUGGGUACUUAUAAAAUAUAUAUGCAGGGAUAAAACUUAAAUUAUGGAUCAUUUUGAAACUGGCAGUUCUCUGUACAAAAGUAUUACCAGAUAGUAUACUGUAAUAUGAUUCAUAUGGUGUAUACUGGUAUCCCUCGUUUAACGAACAUUUCAGAUACAAAGAUUUGCUUGUACAAAUCUCCUAAAUUAACACAUUUUACAAAAGUAUUCCCCACUUAUACAAAUUUUCGUCCAAGCAAAAAAUUAAAAUCGCAUGACCCCUGGAGUCAGCUGGGGCAGCUACAUCCCCCUAGCGCUCUAUCUACCAGGUUGAGGUGUGAGCUAUGUUAUGAUUAAUUUUAUAACUCUUAAUUUUGGGUAGAUAUACAACUUUUUUCAUAUUUGUUUUAUUUUUUUUACUCAUUUAAAUGCACAGAAUGUGCAAAAAGAAAUAAAAGAAACAAUUAUUGUAAGGUCAAAAACAUAAAGGGAAUAAAAAUUUCUUCAUGUGUUAGCAGGCUGAUGGGGGGAGGGGGGUUAUGUUAUGGUUAAUUUUCAAUUGGGGUAGAUAAACUUAACUUCAUAUUUUUUUUUAACUCAGUUACAUGCACACACAACCAUUUUCAUGUUUUUCGGGUAUGAUAUUGGGGAUUUUCGUCAUUAGGCAACCGAACCCAAUUUUUCCCAUAUGUUCUGUUAUUCGAGAUAAUGAAAAUUCAUUUCACAAAUGGUUUUCAGGAACCUAACUCAUUCUUUAAACGAAGGAUACCUGUACCAAUACUUGUGUUCAACUGUAUCAACUGUUCUGAAAUUUGUGGGAUAACACUGCUCACAAAACCAUGAAUCACAGCGACCUCAUAGGUAAUGAUACUUUUUGGGGGACUGUACGUGUCAGGCUUCAAAGACAAAGAAUUAUAUUAAUGGAAAUCAUUAUUUAAAGGUUAAUGAGUAUGUUUGGAGCAUUUUGCUUACAUUUGAGAGAAGUAGGGUACUCAAGUAUGUGGUAUGUUUGUGCCUGAGUGAAAUCCCCUUUGAUUUUAGAUGAAAAAAAUUAACCAAGCAAGGUACAGAGCCCAUCUCAACAUCAUUAACCUGCCUAGUUUAGGAUUAACUUUCUGGAAUCGGUCUUCAUUUUGUAAAUCAUAAUUAGAUUCUGCCUAUGAGAAAGAAUGAUACAGUUUCAUAUGAGUGUAAAAUUGUCUGAAUUAACACAGUACAUCCAGAUAUACCCCAUUAUCUUACAGGUUUAUAUGGUACUGAAGGAGUUAAAUUUUCUUUAUAAAUCAAUAUUCAGUACCCGAGUCUCACACCAAAUGCAUAAAUAUGGACACCACCAAAGGCCUUAUAUUUUUACGAAAGUCUUUAGUGUUACAUUAUAAAGGAAUCAACUGAUUACACCUUGAGGUUUCAUUGUUGAAUUUGUCAUGAUCCUGCUGUAGAUCAUAUUAUUAAUGUAAGUGGCCUGUAAAAUGCAUAGAGUACGAAGGUAAAAAGCUUCUGAAAGGUGUCCAGAUGUUUGCAGUUUAGACUUGAUCAAGAUCAAUGUUUUGUAAGUAGAGCCAAAGGUAUUCAUUGUGAAAGGGAAAUUUGGAGCUGCCAUGUAAGCUACCAGUUCUUGCUGUCUAGCUGUCAACCUUAAUUCAUUUUCAUUCUCCUGGGAUGGAAUGAAAGCUUUAAAAUCAUUGGUAAAGCUAACAAUCACAAGAGUUUUCCUUUAUAAUUUUCCAGCCUAAAUGUACUAGCCCUUGUUGUUAGUGAAAUCACUGUAUGAAGAUAUAAAUCAAAUGUAAUAUAACCAUUGUAUACAUAAGAAUUGAAAGGUGGUAUUAUGUGAAAAACAGAAUGUAUGUAUUCUUGGAUAAUUUUUGACAGUACAGUAGUACAGUAUUCAGCAGUUCAUACCUGAUGAUUGUAAAUGCCAGAUGCUAGGAUAAUCCUUUGAUACUGAAACUUGUUAUUGUAUUUUUAUCCUGAGUCUUUGUAUGGGUGAUGAAAAUGAACUUGUAUUGAUUGAGAACAUGAUCUAUAAUGAUUGAUUAAUAUGUGAUAAAUGAUUACAGUAUUGAUUAAUAUGUGAUAAACGAUUAUUGAUACCAAGCAGUACUGUCUGAAUUUCCAAAUAAAGAAUAUUAGAUAAGUGUGUCUCUUGGCAAUUUGUGGUACAGAUACAGGUAUUUUCAUUAUGCUUACACUAUACCCUUGUUAAUUCGACAAAAAGGGGCUCUGGGUCACUCAAAUUACCGAAAAAUCCAAAUUACAGUAAUCCAGUUCGGAAUAUUUUUAUAUUAUUUGACAAUUUCUGAAUUUUUGUGUUCGAUUAUUCAUUCAUUUUCUGUUCAGUUUUUGCACCUUAUUUGGAUUAUCUGAAGAUUGUUCCUCAGUAUUCCGACCAACAAACAAACUCAGUUACCAUGCCUUGACUGCAACAUAAAAUAUUCUAUUUAUAAUUACUGUGCAAACUAUUUUUUAUUUAUUUUUAAUGUACAUACAGUAAUAACAAAGUAAAGGUGACAAAGCACUUACACAGUACACAGAUUAACAGCACUACUAAACCAUCAUCUUAUAACAUUUUAAUUUCUGUAAACAAGAGGCUGGGGAUACUGUAUACUAUAGCACAAUAACUCAUCUGGGAUUUUUUGGGGGAAAUUAAGUGUUUUGAUAAGGUUUUUUAACUCAAUACCAAAUGAACCUAAGUAAUAUGAGAAUUACUGUACAGUGAAAUUUCAUGCUGUCAUUAUAAAGGGAUUGUGGGCUGAGGAGCGCAGGAGGUGUGUUGUCUUCUGAGUCUAACCAGCACUCCUUCCUUCCUCUACCACCAGCCACCUCCUCUCCCCAGCUAUGCACCCAAACAUAGUUUUGUAUAUUAAUAUAAUUCAUAUUUCAUUCCUAUAAUUCAUUCAGUUUAAUCCAUUUCAUAAUAUAUUCCUGUAAUAAUCGUCCAAGUAGGAUGACACCUGAACCAAGCCUGCUUAGGAAGCCGCGAGAGCACACUUGAAUCGACGAGACUGAAAUUUCAAGCCCAUCGCUGCACAAAUUUUCAGAACCAAUUGAUUAUUUCAGAUUCAUUCCAAAUUUAAAUUGUUUAAUUCAUUUUUGAAAACAUACGAGUUAAGCCAAAAUACAAAUUAUAACAAUCCGAAUUAUUGAGGGUACAGUGUAUUCUGAUUUAAGUGGGUAUUCUUGGAAGAAAGAGAGAGAGAGAGAGAGAGAGAGGCUGAUUCAGCAAGUAGAGUAGAUAGAGUAUGGAAAGUUUCAUUAACUUUGUUAUAGCGAGGAGAAUUCUUCUACUUUGCAAGUGCCCAGAGAACACAAUCCAUAUCAGUGAAACAUAACUUAAAGAAUGAUAAAUGUAUGUGGAAAGAUUUAGUUUAUCCUUUCUCCAUUUAUGUAUCAUACACAGGUAAUAGUAUUUUGGUCCAAAUGAGUUAGACCUAUUACAUACAUUAGUACAUGGUGCCUAUGUCAUAUAUACCAAAUUGGAGAUGACCUUUAAUAAUCUACACCCGAUACAUACAUUCCUUUACAUGAUCCACACCUGAUACAUACACUCCUUCACAUGAUCCACACCUUCACUCUACACAUACAUCUCGUCACAUAAUCAACAUUAGUGAUUAUGAACAAAGGUGGUGUAUGCAGUAGCCUAAAUGAUCAAAUGUUGUACAUUAGUAAAGUUGAUCUUGAGCUGAUCCACACAUCAGCCUAGAUCAGGGGUCACCAAACUACGGCCCGCGGGCCGGAUCCCAAGUCCUUCCCCGGCUCGUGGUAGCUCCGCCUACGCUCUCACGUUACCAGAGCUUUCGUUCUGGCUUGCAAGUAUUGAACAGAAUGAUUAUGCGGCCCGCGCUCGUCAUUCUUUCAGUUAUCCGGCCCACUGUGAAAAAAGUUUGGUGACCCCUGGCCUAGAUCAUCAAGGCCAGAUACAUACAUUAGUUUAGAUCAUUAAGACCUGAUACAGACAUAAGGGUAGAUAUAUGUGUUUAUCCCUAGGAAUAAGAUAAAUAUAGAUAACACAGAUUGGAAUAUGUGUACUGUAUAAUCAUACCUAGUAAACAAUAAUAUGGGAUGCUUAAUAGAGCGAUUACUUUAUUAAUGUACUAGGGUCUUAUUCAGCAAAAUUUGAAAUUCAUAUAGGCAAUACUUAUUUCAUACUGUGUUAACUUGUUAGGAUGCCAUCAAAUGGGCACUGUAUAGCAAAAAUAUACCUGAACCAAGUGAAUAUAAAAUUAUCAAUAUUAUUAUGUAACUUCUAGCAAAUUGUUUUGGGUGCUAGGUCACUUAGUGAUAAUGUAUGAUGUGUGUGUAUUGACACACAUUGGAAGCACCUUUAAUGCUGUUGUAAAAGAACAUUGUUGUCUGUACCAGUUACAUUUUAUAUAUCUUAUAUAUAAAUGUAGACUUAGCUGUUAUCUCUGCUUGUCAGAUAGUGCAACUGACACUUUAUAUCAUUAAGUGAAAAUAUAGCAUUUUAAGGAUAACUUCUGUUUUCAGAAUCACAUAACUCAAAUUAACUUGUGGUAAGUAGGCAGAGUUUAUAGUUAAGCUUUGCAGAGUACUCAAGAGUUGAUUAUUCGAAUGUUAAGCUCUGUUAUAUUUUAUCCCAUCAUGCACAAAUAUUUACUGUCAUAUUUGGGGAAAAUAUAAAGUUGAAUUUUUCAUAAAUUUUCUUUAUGAAAGUGUGUAUGCUUGGUAAAAGUAUAAAGGGUCAUAAGUAUAAACAACAAACUUAACUCUUGUUGUACUUAUGUUUCAAAGGAACUGUUUACACUGAUCCAAGAAAAUAAUAUACUUUUAGAUUUAUCCUUGACUUAGAAAAAAAAUACAAUAUUUUUAUGUCAUGUUAUGUGGUAGAAGAUGAAAAGCAAUAGUUAUUAAAUUUCAUAUAAUUGUUUGUAUCUGAAACUUUCUCCCCAAAGUUGAUUUUAUAAAAACCAUGAUCUUACUUUACUUCCAGGAGCCAACCUGUUUGUUAACUUAAUGUGUGUGAACUUACUGUAUUGUUUCCCCAGCAAUUCACACUGGAAAUGAAUGUUUUAGCUAUGCCAGUUAUUAAUAAUUGAAUUUAUUUUCUAUAUCAGGAAGAUUAGACAACUGAACCAUAUUUUAUCAUGUUUUAUGAGUAAAAGUGCACAAACUAUAGAAUACUUCCAGCCAUAUUUGCCAGGUUCAAGGCACAAAGCCUGAUUUUACUUUGAUGUGUUUUGAGGACUCAUUAUGGAGUUAUCAUUACAUGUGAAUCAGUGUAAUCCAAUUGUGGAAUUAGAAUACAUGUGCUAAGCACCUCUUCAUUAUAGAAGAGGGAAUUUGUAUUUUGUUUGUUUAUUAUAAAAGAAUAACAUUGA